AUGGUUCUCGGUCCCGCUUUCCAGACAGCGUUGUACAUUAAGGGCUCUUCCAGUCACGAGGUAUGCCCUGCCACUUCCUUGUUUGCCUGUUGGUACGCAUAUACAUUCUUUCCCAUGAAACCCCGUCUGGCAUCAUCAUUGUACAGGUGCUUUUUGAAACCUUUUGGUACUCUACACCACAAUGAGAAGUUUAAAAUGGUCUCGGUGUCCCGACAUGCCAUGUUAAACGAGGUAGCCGACAUUAUCAGCACAAGUUGUAUACCAACUAGCUCGAAGUUGCUCAAGAGAUAUGAGAAGAUAGGGAAGCCCGCCGUUGUGCGAGAAGCCAAAGUGUCUUCGUUCCUUUCCCAAGAAAUCUAG